CAGUUUCAGCAUCAUCACGACAUUGACAGCAAAAUAUCAAGAAAGGAACCUGUAAUCCGCGAAUCGGGAGCAGCCGGCGAUCAUGUUGGUCAUAGCAUUACUCUGGCUAGUUGCAGUAGCUGUGGCCAUACCUUCCCACCAUCCCAUGCCAGCAACAUCACGCCACAAAAUGCUGCAUCACAGACACGCAAGAGCAGCAACGGUCACUCCUCGCCUGGUCAACGUUACCUACAUAGCAAAUGUGACAGAUCCAUCAUUGACUCGAGACUCCUGCGGCUCUGUUCGCGUCGGCAACAGAGUCCUGUGGACCUGCAGAGACACGCAAAUCUUCAGCAAUGACAACAAACACGACAUGAAGAUCCAAAUCCUACCAAUCACGCCAAAUUCCGCAUCAUGGACAGACCUCGCAGGCGAAGGAGGGCCGAAGAUUGCGGCAGGAGAGGCAGGAGCAGCAUCUUCUGGCGCGAAUCCCAUCCUCACAAUGUACGGCGGUAAUGCUUCCUUCUACCCAUCUUAUUUCCCAGUCCUUGACACCCAAUGCCCUCAAUCUGGCGCCUGUCAGGACGGAAGUCGAUACGUAGUUUGGCCUGAUCAACCUCCUCUCAUCACGCGCCAGCGAAGCGAUGGCAGCGCUGUGGGAUAUACUUGGAUUCCCAAUCAAAGACUGCAGGGUGGGUGGAACACAAUGGAUCCUGAGCCAGCCUACAUCCUGUACAGGUCUGUUUACACCCCAAGUCUGGAUCCGAACGCCCUGCCUACAGUUUCCAUCGUUUCCCCGACCUUCUUCAACCUAGGAGAGGUCGGGUUUGGGAGAUAUGGCCAUUUCAUUAGGAAUGGAACAGCAUACCUUUACGGCCAGACUGCAGAUAAAGGUACCGUCUUGGCCAAGGUUGGUGUCAAUAUGAUCGAAUAUCGCUCUGCGUAUCGAUACUACAACCCGUCAACCUACUCAUGGGAAACCACUGCGCCUACUUACAAUUCGACCUCGCACGCAAUUCCGAAUGCUAGUGCUGGCGGCCAAGGCACGUUUUACUACUCUUCUUACCUCAAGUCAUACGUCUGGAUUGGUCAAGGGAUUGGAAUGGUCGGCGCAUCCGCAGCAUUCUUCAUCAGCACAGCUCCCGCUCCUGAAGGUCCUUGGGUCAAGCCAUAUCAAAUCUGGGAAGGUGAGAAUGGUGACAACCACCAAGCACCGAGCUACAGUUUGCAGGCGCACCCGAGUCUUCUUCCUAGUGGACCCCAUGUGGCGAGUGAGAAAGGAAUCUAUCUCAGCUGGACACAGCAGUGGAAAGAGGAGACUUGUGAGAGUGUUUAUGUCACUCCCCUAGUUUGGGUAGAGUUUGAUUGAGAUGUCGACAGAUCUUGCGCUCUUUUAGCGCGGUGUUGGGUAUAUAUCGUCUAGAGUGUUAGAGGCUUAUAGAUGUGUCUGCAAUCACUUUUUUUUGAGGACAUUGCACCUCGAACAGAG